GUAUAAAUUAUGCCUUAAUAAAAAGUCAAAAAAAGACGUCUUAAAAACUUUCAUUCUGGCUCCUCAGUGGACGUCUUUUCAACGUCAGCAAAGACAUAAAAAGGCGUCCACUGGACAUAACUUUGCCCAGUGGGAAGGUUAAGAGAAAGGUUAAGGAUUAGGUUAUGAACUACUUAGCGAUAAGAACGUUUUGGGGAAACGGGCCCAGUUCAUUAGUAGAGUAGAGUUUAGUUCCAACCCUAAUUAAACACACCUGACCCAGCUAAUCAAGGUCUUACAAGGCAUACUAGAAACCUCCAGACAGGUGUGUUGAUGUAAGCUGGAACUAAACUCUGAAGAGCAAGUGGUUUGGAUCAGGACUGAAUUUGGACACCCCUGCUAUAAAGUAGAGUGAGGCAGGCUUUACGUAAACUCUCUUACAUAAAUAGUCCAAAUUUGCUGAAAACAUCACAGUAAUCCACACAACUACAGUUAAUUUUCACUUCAAUUAACAUCUUUUGAAGUGAAAAGCUCUGCAUUACGAAACGAACCCAUCAACACGUUUUAUUAAACUUUCACUUCUGUUUAGAACACCAGUCCAUAAUCCAUAAUAAAUCUUCCUUCCACAUCAACAUCCACCAACAUCAUUGUUUAGACCAGAGGACCCAUAUUUUAGCUGGAAGCAACGUUUUGAAGUUAAAAACAUCUUUUCACUUCACAAGAUGUUAAUUGUUGGGCUGGAGCGGUGUGGAUUAUUGUGCUGUGUUGUUUUUAUCAGCUGUUUGAACUCUCAUUCUGCUUAAUGGCAGACAUGUUGAAGAUUAGCAGAUAGGUCGUUACUUCAUUAAAUAUUAAGCUAUUUCCUCAUAAAAGCAUAAAAAGAUUAAUUCAGCAGAGUCAAGCUUCUCCUCCUUUGACAUCAGUUUAAAAGUACUCUACUGUACUUUUACUGAUCUGAAAGACAAUCCAAAGAAGACAAGUCACAAGAACUACAAACACAGCAGCUUCACACACACACACACACACACACACACACACUCAAAGACAACAGCUGACAAGCUAAACUGAAAACAGAGGGCUAUAAAUACAGGAGGUAAGAACAAGGAAAUAAAUACAGGUGGGCUAAAUAAGUAAUUUUAAAAGAUAGCCUGCCUUUAAAGCAGUGAUUUAUUUAUUGCUAAGAGCUAUGAAUGCAGAAUGAACUGUAAGCUGUCAUGCAUGCACUCAAUUGCGCACGCAGCAUGAUUGAAGCUAAACAGACUUGACUUAACAGCAUUGUUCCGAAGUACCUCGUAUGCACAGUGUCAAUUCAAAGAAACACCCAUUUGUAUUAACUUUACAGUUUCUUCUGUUGGUGUCAUACUACUCUGUACCUUUACCUCCCUUUCUCUGACUAUUAACUAAGCAAUGUGAUCUGCUUACUUUAUUCUGUUAAACAGCUUAAGUCCUGAACAAUCUGAAAUCUCAAGUGUGACAGAACUCCUCAGGCCAAAUGUUUCUUGUCAAGGAGCUGAACUCUUAAGGAAGUUUGUGCCACAUGAAAUGGAUAACAUACUAGAACGCAGAGCGAAUGAAUACAAGCAAUAUCAACUCAGAAGGAAGACAAAUGCAGAUAUUAUUAUUGCCCCGGCCAACUCUCCUCUCCAAUAUCCAAUCACAGGUUUCAGGGUAGCUCCUCUGAAGAAAAGUUUGAUACCAGGUCUUGCUCUUCAAACACAAGAGAGAGGUAUAACAACAAACAAGAGGGAGGUGUACAAGGUGUCUUUGAGUGUGAAGAGUGGAGUGCUCUCAGUGGAGGAUCUUCUGGAUGGAGAUCAGGUGGAGGGACAGGGUCAGAGUGAACUGACCAUCUCAUCCAGCAACCUCACACAACUCAACGAUCUGCUGUCCAGAGUGACCUACACCAGCACCAUCUACCACAUCAGAACAUCAGACCUGGUCUCUUUCACUUUUGAGGAUCACAAGGCAAUAUUUCCAGUCAUGAUCAGAAGACCAUCAGUUCCUGUUUUGUAUGACCCAGGAAAAGAUAUCAACUCACGGGUGACCAUAAUAACCAAGACCUUUCUGAGGUAUAAGGAGCUGAAUAUCCUCAUCCAGAGUAUCAGGAAAUUUUACCCGAAGAUCAAGAUCAUUGUUGCGGAUGACAGCCUGAAACCUGAAAAUGUGCCUGGAAACAACAUUGAGCACUACAUCAUGCCUCCUGCACAGGGCUGGUUUGCAGGCAGAAAUCUGGCUGUAUCUCAACUUACAACGAAAUACUUCCUGUGGGUUGAUGACGACUUCGAGUUCUUGAGUGAGACACGGAUCGAGAGUUUUGUGGAGAUUAUGGAAGCUCUUCCAGAUCUAGAUGUUCUUGGGGGUGAGGUUUCGGGGGACCAGUUCUACUUUGUUCUGGAGUAUGACGAGGGAGAUGAGAAUGACGGCGGCUGCCUAAGACGUAUUAGAGAGUUUCAUCAACCACUUCCAGGAUAUGAUGGCUGCUUUCUAGUGGAUGGUGUUGUUAAUUAUUUCUUAGCUAGGACUGAUGCUGUACGAAGGGUUGGCUUUGAUCCGUUCCUCAAAAGAGUCGCUCACACCGAGUUCUUCAUUGAUGGACUUGGCAAGCUGAUGGUUGCUUCGUGUAAAGGCCUAUCUGUUGGUCACCAGACACAUCGGGCACAGGACGAAUAUGACUCUUAUAGGAAUCAAGGAAAACUUGAGGAAGAGCAAAAACUGGCUCAUCAUUUCUUUAAGAACUAUCUUAACUACAUCAAGUACUGAUUAGUAAAAAUUAGUGAUCAUUAGUGGUUGACCGAUAUAUAGCCUAGGCUGAUAUAUCAGCCGAUAUUUGGCAUUUUUCAAAUAUCAGAAUUGUCCGAUAAUUUUUUCUUCUUGGCCGAUGUGUUUGAGACUUUUAUUUUGAUGACACAGCAGACUUUUAGUUUGUCGGCGCUGAUAAGGCAGCGCCUGAGAGCACACAGUGUUCACACUCUCCAUCUUGUUUACUGUCGUUAUUAAAGGGGUCAUAUGAUGCUUUUUUAAAAAUCUGUAUUUUGUGUAUUUGGUGUAACAGAAUAUGUUUACAUGCUUUAAUGUUCAAAAAACA